UCGAAGACUUGGAAUGUGUUCUUGGCCGCAAAUGGCCCGCGUGAUCAGAAAGGCUUGCGCAACUAAGUACAGUAUAGAUCUGCAGUCGCCUUCAUACAAUGACGAAGCGCAGAGCGAAGGCCCUGGCUGCUGCCGACUCUCAAGAGACGGAUAUUGUUCACGUGGAGGACGGCCAUUCCAGUCAAGUUUCUGUCACGACGGUAUACUCUCAGCCCCAAGGGCCCUCGUCCCCAACGAAGAAGAGGAAGAUCGACCACGAAGACCAAAGUGUCAACAGCAAGGUCGACGGCUCGUCUACCACUAUCUCAACCACGACGACCGUCACUCUGGAAACCUCUGUGUCGGUAAUCGAGUCCAACUCGCCUCCAUCUGCACAGUCAAAGUCAGUCCAUCCUUUCUUCGCGAAGAAGUCAAAGGACGUCAUGACAAUAGGAGGUACACCAUUCACGUCCAUUGCACCGGUCAAGUGGUCGCAAGAAGGCAGUAUUCUCGUCGCAACCUACAAGCAACAGAUUCCUUCGAAACGCGUGGCCAGCUUCGACUUUGACGGAACGAUAUCGAACGUGAAGGGUUCCCAUGUCCAUCCCAAAGGAGCAGACGACUGGAAAUUUUUCUCCACUUCGAUACCCGAUCGCUUUUUCAUGUGUCAAAAUCAAGGGUACCGGGUGGUCAUCUUUUCAAAUCAAAACGGACUCAAUGGUGGUGACGCAAGGAGCAACGCGAGGAAGGCAUCUUUCAUGGGACGUAUCGAGAACGUGAUCAAUGCCACUCAAAAGCAUUGUGAGAGAGCUGGGGUGGCGGCUCCAUCUAUCAUCGUGUUUGGAGCGACGGGUGAUGACUGGAACAGAAAGCCUCGGCCGGGAAUGUGGGACGUUUUUGAAAGCAAAUACAACGGCGGCAUUGUCAUAGACCGAAAUGCCAGCUUUUACGUAGGCGACGCGGCGGGCCGCUUUGCCGGACACAAACCAGGAGUGAAAAAGGACUUCGCCGAUACAGAUCACAAGUUUGCGCUGAACGUGGGAUGCAAGUUCUAUACCCCGGAUGCCUUUUUCCACUUCACCACCUUGGCCGCGCUGGAAGCCGCCAAUUUACCUACCAAACACCAUUCUCACCAUGCGCCCAUUCCACCGUUUGAUCCGAAAGUGUUUCUCGAGAACCAGGCCGGCAAACCGCUGUAUACCCCAACAGAUACCCCAUUAGUGGCCCCUCCUGAAUCGCAACCCGAGAUUAUCGUCUUUGUCGGUUGCCCCGCAUCGGGCAAGUCCACCUUCGCGAAGCGUCACCUCGUUCCGCACGGAUACGUGCAGGUCAACCAAGACACACUCAAGACGCGCGAUAAGUGCAUUAAAGUCGCCGAAGAGUCUCUGCUCGCGGGGAAAUCCGUCAUCGUGGACAACACCAACCCGGACCCUGCCACGCGCAAGUUAUACUUCCAAUUGGCGGACAAAUGUGCGCGCAGGCUUGGCAAGGACAAGAUACCCCUCCGAUGUUUCCACUUCCUAGCUGACGCCCAAGUCUGUGCACACAACAAUGAGUUCCGAACGUAUAUGGGCAACCGUGACCGGGACGGGAACUGGAUUGACCCACGAGGUAUCCCCAAGCCGUUCUCGGCGGCAAGUCGCAAGAACGACAAAUCCUCGUCGAAAGAUACCUCUGGUCAGCCGCAGGUGCACAAGUUACCGGGCAUCGCUUUCAAUUCCUUCUGGGCACGCUAUCAACCUCCUAGCGAGACGGAAGGCUUCGACGAGAUCAAAAGGGUCGAGUUCGUACCCGAAUUUGACAGCGAGGCUGAUCGUGCCAAGUGGGCGAUGUAUUACGUCUGAGGGCAGGAGCCGAGAGGGAGGAGGGACGGAGGUUUGAACCGACGUUUUGUAGGCGUCCCAUACAGACCUGAGAUGCAUCGCAACGCCAUGGGUAUAUAGCGCAUUGUAGUCGAUUUGAUAGACCGAAGAAAAGAAUUAUUUCAUUAAAUACAACUCGCAAUUUGGAG